UGCGAUAAGUGCUUCUCCGGCAUUUCUACUCGUAUUAUUUUUAGCACCAGGGGUUUGAGAGAAAGAGUUUUGUCUUUGGCUUGCUGAAGAUACUACCUUGGUACACCUUGCUACACCUUGCUACACCUUGGUCCUUGACUGGCUAGGAGAUCUGACUCGUGGUGUCUGAUUUGUCUGAUUUGUCUAAUUGUGGUCCGUGACCUUCUCCACAAGCAUUUCGUGCAUCUUCAUAAGAAAUCUCCGUUCGCUCAGACGCUUUCACGAACACUUUAAAAACACGUCGUGAAAUCCAGAUUGUAUGCAGUUGUUCCUUUUGGUACACUCUUGUACGUUGUUGUACGUCGCUUUCCCCUCAUUCUUUGGCUCAAUAUGCUGGCUCGUUGAACUAGUAGCUCCUAUCACCAAUAUCUACAACGUUACUUUAUCCGCGACUCAAUAAUGACACUUGAGAAACAUGCAGCUACAAGUAUACUAGGUUCAUAUACUUGACCUAACACGUAUAGGGAAGCUCAUAUAGCCGGCGCAUAUGAUCAACAUUGCUCUAGAACAACUAUCAUCAUACUAUCAGAUUCCCCGCAUAAAAUGCGCUUAUCCGAGAGUCAAAUGCCAAUGGAGGCUUUCGACAUGACUUAACGUUGGUGCAUGUGCGUCUACUAUCACGCAGAACAAGCCAAAAACAAUUCGGUAGGGGAAGAAAUCAAUGCACACAUUCAAUACAUAUUCAAGAUUUUUCUGGCCGGUGACAGGAUCUUCGGAACUUAAGCUUUUUGAUGUUCAAUCCGAGUGUUCCUUGCAGAUUUAUCCUCAUGUGAACCAUUAGGUUCAUGGAGUUACGAGUUUUGUACUCCUACGUUGUGUGAUCUGCUACAUUUAAGAAAACGUUGAAGUCCCUCGAGUUUACACUUUCUUUUCUAUCUAGAUUCUUCUAGUCUUCCUUUCUAGACUCAGAUCUCCUCGAGGCACCCGAGUACUAGCUCACUGGAUUCACUAUUCGGUUACCCCUCUUUGUCAUCAUCAUUAGGAUUCCAUAGUGAUUCACCAAAUCCCUCGAAGGCUAGUGUUGCAAGUAAUUUCAUUUUGAUUCAUUUGAACCUUCGUUCCACAUAGCCUCCUCCCGCUCUGUCUUUCUGCCAAACUCGGAUUUCAACUCCAGAAUUCCUAUAAAGACAAGCAGUUCGUUCCUUUACCUCAUCUUCUUUGCAAAUAUUGCAACGUUCGUGACUUCCCAUAGACAGUUCUUGGGUUUAAUAUUACAAUGCGUUUCAUUUCUACAACCGCGCCUGCGUUGGCAUCUCUAUGCCUAACUACGUUGGCUGUACCUCACGGUCCUCAGUCUGAAAAAAGACAAACCUAUGGCAGCUCAGCAAAAUCGGCUGCAGAUCGACAGGCUGCUGUCAAAGAGGCAUUCUCGUUUGCUUGGAAUGGAUAUUACAAAUACGCCUUUCCUCAUGACGAGCUUCAUCCAAUUGCGAACAGUUACUCAGAUUCCAGGAAUGGAUGGGGAGCCUCUGCUGUAGAUGCAUUCAGCACAGCAAUCAUCAUGGAGAUUCCGGAAAUUGUAGACGUGAUUUUAGAUUGGAUCCCAACCAUCAAUUUCGACGAAACUAGUUCACAAGUUUCGCUGUUUGAGACUACAAUCAGAUAUGUUGGUGGGCUCCUUGCUGGUUACGAUCUCCUCAAAGGACCAUUUUCCAACCUCAAUUCUAACGACACGGCCGUCGAUGAGGUUCUUGCUCAGGCAGCACGCCUAGCUGACAAUAUGGCAUUUGCAUUUGAUACACCUUCAGGAGUACCAGCUAACAAUAUUUACUUCAACCCUCCAAGCACUGAUGGUUCUACCACAAACGGAAUCGCAACAAUUGGCUCACUAGUUCUUGAGUGGACCCAUUUGUCUGAUUUGACCGGUAACGACACUUAUGCUAAACUCUCCCAAAAGGGAGAAUCGCAUCUUUUGGACCCAAAACCCGAGUACAACUCGCCAUGGCCUGGGUUGCUUGGUACAAAUGUAGAUAUCAACACAGGACUUUUCCAAGACGCGAGCGGAGGCUGGGUAGGUGGCGAUGACAGUUUCUACGAGUAUCUCAUCAAGAUGUACGUGUAUGACACAACUAGAUUCGGCAAAUACAAAGAAAGAUGGGUCGCAGCUGCAGAUUCAUCUAUCAAACAUUUGGCUAGUCACCCCUCAACUCGUCCAGAUCUGACCUUUAUGGCCGCCUACCAAAACAAAACACGUGUUUUUGUUUCCGAGCAUCUCGCUUGUUUCGACGGAGGCAAUUUCCUCCUCGCAGGUCUCGUACUCAACGAGCAAAAGUACAUUGAUUUCGGACUCGAGCUCGUCAACGGCUGUGAAGACACAUACGCCAGCACACUCACCGGUAUCGGACCCGAAGUUUUCCGAUGGGUAGAGAGCAACACUUCUGCCAACGAUACCCAAAACCCUCCACCACCUGCCGAUCAACUCGCCUUCUAUAAGAAAGCCGGUUUCUAUAUCACCAAUUCAGAUUAUAUUCUAAGACCCGAAGUCCUUGAGUCUUUCUACUAUGCUUAUCGCUUGACUGGAGAUGAGAAGUAUCGUGAGUGGAGUUGGAAUGGAUUUGUUGCUAUAAAUGCAACAGCGAGAACCGGUAGCGGAUUUGCUGAACUCCAAAAUGUCAAUGCGGCGAACGGAGGCGGUUUCAGUGAUUUCCAGGACAGUUUCUUGUUUGCUGAGGUUUUGAAAUAUGCAUAUUUGAUUCACGGAGAUGACGCAGAAUACCAAGUUGGAGGUGGUGGCGUCAACCAAUGGGUUUUCAACACCGAAGCUCACCCCUUCAAGGUCGCUGGUCCUCCCAUCUAAUUAACUGAUUGAAAUUCUUGGAUUUGGAUUUGGAUUCGGCUUCGGAGUUUACAUAGGUUACGGAAGAGUUUUUCUUCUUUGGGCAUUCAAUUCAAGGCACGCUAGCAAUCUAGCUCCUCUUCUUUGGUAAUGAGCUAUCAAGCCAUGCCGUUUCUACAUUUAGCUUAGUUCCUUAGCUGAAUGUAAGUUUUUUUAUCAACUUUUUGAUUCAAUAUGAGGAUUUAGAUGAAGCUUUCUGAAUCCCUGUGCUUGUUUGUU